UCCCGUAUUUACGAACUGUGUUACAAUCAUAUUAUUUUAUGUUCUGAAAUAAUUAUGAAAUAUAAAUGUCUCUUUAUUCAGUUGAAAUAACCACAGUUUUUGAUGUCUCACUGUAUGUGAAUAAAGAGUCUUAUUUUUCCAAAAAAAAAAAAAAAAAAAAAAAACAGACUUGCUUUUAUUUGUUUUGAUUAACGUUAGAUAAGAUACACCACAAACCACAAGGUCACACUGUAGUAUAUUGAGUUAAAUACAUAAACCCAGGAAUAAGCACUGUUGGCCACUCGGGGUUAGACAUUUGGUUGGCCAGUGAAUUGUCCAAAGAGACACCUGUGUUAACAGAGUUCGUGAUUCAGUGAUUGCACAGUAAAAUCUAAAAGAAGAACUGCCCAUCGUUGUCCUGACUUUUAUUUGUGUUAUUCGAACAAACACAACAGUUGGCGACGAGGAUUUUACGGAUCGUUUAGAAGCGUUUUCUCCUAGUUUUUUUUACGGAUGGGCGUUUUUUUUUCCCGGGGGGAAAAGCGAAAAAGAGAGAGGAACCCAGACUCACGAAGACUGAGGGGUAGAUUCAGCGCGAAAUAGUAAGUGAAAGCAGAAAGAUGGCAGGAUAUAUUGGAAAGAUUGAUGCAUUUGACAAUGCUACGGACGAUUGGACUUUGUACUGUGAACGAAUCGAGCAGUAUUUCAAAGCUAAUGACAUUGAUAAUGACAAGAGGGUGUCAGUGUUGUUGAGUGCGAUAGGAGGGAAAGCUUAUGCACUACUAAGAAGCCUCACUGCUCCCACAAAGCCUGCCGAUCUUAGUUUUGACAACAUUGUGAAAGUAAUGCAAGAGCAUCUAGCGCCAAAACCGCUGCUCAUUGCAGAACGAUUCAGAUUUCAUAAACGGAAUCAGAACGACGGAGAGUCAAUCGCGGUUUAUGUCGCCGAAUUAAAGAAGUUGUCAGAACACUGUCAGUUUGGGGAUGGACUGAAUGACGCGCUGAGAGAUCGUCUAGUCUGUGGCAUUUCACAAGAGAGUAUACAGAAGAGAUUGCUCUCUGAGGCAGAUCUAACAUUCAAACGUGCGGUUGAAAUUGCUGUCGCCAUGGAAACGGCUGCCAGAGACGCAGUCGAGCUGCGAUCAGGAGUAAAAGUGUCUGUAAAUAAGCUGGCCACUGCAGGUAAACCUAAGACAGUGCAGAAAGUUGAACUGUGUUACCGUUGUGAUCGGGGUGGACACAAAGCAAAUCAGUGCAGGUUCAAAACUGAAAUAUGCAGAAAGUGCAAUAAAAUGGGUCACAUACAAAGAGCAUGUCGAUCUGAUGUACAAUACAGUGAUAAGGAGAGACGGUACAAGACUCAGAAAAAGAAAAGUAGGAAUGUGCAUGUUGUCGCUGAAAACUCAGAUGAAGAAAGUGAUAAAGGGUUGGCGAAUUUAGAAAUCUACAGCCUGAAAAGUGACUUGAAACAAGCAAUCUGGCUUACACCUCAAUUGAAUGGACAGCCAGUUAGAAUGGAAUUGGACACCGGUUCCGCCGUUUCAGUGAUGUCACAGUGCGAGUUUGAAAAACAUUUCAAGAUGGCUAAGUUAAAGCCAUCGCCUGUCAAACUGAAAACAUAUACUGGUGAGCCCAUAAUUCCCCUAGGAGUGAUGCCUGUGACUGUAAAGUACAAUAAUCAACAGAGAGAGUUGGAUCUGUACAUAGUACGAACAGAAGGACCAGCACUUUGGGGACGUGACUGGUUGAGAAAGUUGCAGUUGGACUGGAAAUCCAUAAAAAGUCUGCAAAUCACAGUCCCUGCGUCACCUAGCACGCAAAAGAAACUGGAAAAAGUGCUGGAUGGGGCUUCAGCAGUGUUUCAAUUGGGAAUAGGAACUCUGAAAAAUAUCAAGGGGAAUAUAACCUUGGAUGAGAACGCUGUUCCAAAGUUUUACAAAGCAAGGCCUGUUCCCUAUGCUAUUCGCCAGAAAUUGGAAACUGAACUGGAUCGGUUGGAAGCUGAAGGAAUACUUUCAAAAGUUGACUGGAGUCCCUGGGCCACUCCUGUUGUUCCUGUCGCGAAGAAAGACGGAACUGUAAGAUUGUGCGGGGAUUUUAAAGUCUCAGUCAACCCUGUAUUGCAGGCAGAACAAUAUCCACUACCGAGAAUAGAGGAUAUUUUUGCUACACUCUCAGGAGGUCAGCUUUUUAGCAAAAUAGACUUGGCAGAAGCAUAUUUACAAAUGGAAAUGGAGGAGGACUCAAAAGUGUUCUUGACUAUUAAUACUCACAAGGGCUUGUACCGCUAUAAUAGGCUUGUUUUCGGUGUCGCCUCAGCACCGGCCUUAUGGCAAAAGGCUAUGGAUCAGGUACUUCAGGGUUGCCCUGGUACCCAAUGCUACCUCGAUGACAUCAUUGUCACAGGUGAUAGUGACAGUAGUCACUUGGAGAACUUAGCACGAGUCUUGAAGAGAUUGGAAGAGUAUGGACUGCGUGCAAGACGUGAUAAGUGUGAGUUUUUCAAGGAAACAAUCACAUAUUGUGGGCACAAAAUCGAUGCAAAUGGUCUGCACAAGUGUCAUGACAAGCUAAAAGCUGUUGCAGAAGCUCCACAACCGAAAGAUGUCUCACAAUUAAGGUCAUUUCUUGGAUUUAUCAAUUACUACAACAGAUUUUUGCCAAAUCUAGCCACUGUUCUCCAUCCUUUAAAUGCCUUGUUGCAAGCAGGAAAGAAAUGGAUGUGGUCAAAGCAAUGCAUGCAAGCUUUUCAGGAAGCAAAGAAACUGGUGAUGUCAGAUACAGUUCUGACUCAUUUUGACCCUCACAAACCAUUAAGGUUAGCCUGUGAUGCCUCACCAUACGGAAUCGGAGCGGUGUUGUCACAUAUGAUGGCUGAUGGAACGGAGCGCCCCAUAGCUUUUGCGUCACGCUCCCUUACUGCUGCAGAGAAGAACUACGCACAGAUCGACAGGGAAGCUUUGAGCCUGGUAUGGGGUGUGAAACGAUUCAAUCAGUAUCUGUAUGGAAACAAGUUUACCUUGGUUACAGACCAUCAGCCGCUGGUUUCCAUCUUCAGUCCUCAGAAAGGAGUUCCACUGACAGCAGCAGCACGGAUGCAAAGGUGGGCAUUGUUUCUGGGAGGACAUAGAUACCAGAUUGAAUUCAAAAGAACGCACAAACAUGCUAAUGCUGACGGGCUAUCACGCCUACCAUUGGAUGGGUGUGAUUCAAAGACAGAAAAUGUAAGCACACCUUUGGAUGUUUUUACAAUUGCUCAGCUUGAGAGUUCUCCUGUUACAGACGAAAUGAUUCGGAGAGAAACCAGGAGAGAUCCUGCAUUGUCCCAGGUAUAUUCAGCUAUACUGUCUGGCUGGAAUAGAGAGCAGAAGCUUCGAUUCACACCGUUCUAUCAGCGCCGUGAUGAACUCACUCUAGAUGGUGGUUGCAUCAUGUGGGGUUUAAGGGUUGUUGUACCACCUAAGUUGCGAACUCGAGUCUUGGAGGAGCUCCACGUUGGACAUCUUGGAGUGGUAAAGAUGAAGUCACUUGCAAGAAGUUUUGUAUGGUGGCCCGGUAUAGAUCAGCAGAUCGAGCAGCUCGCCAUGCACUGCUCAGGAUGUCAAUAUGUGCAAAAGAUGCCAAGACCUGCCCCGCUACAUCCUUGGGAAUGGCCUGCAUUACCGUGGCAAAGGAUCCAUGUUGAUUUUGCGGGUCCUUUCAUGGGCACUACAUUUCUGGUUGUUGUUGAUGCAUGUUCAAAGUGGCCAGAAGUGUUCAGCAUGACCUCCACAACUGCCGCCCAAACUGUGAUGGUUCUGAGAGAACUUUUCGCAAGGACUGGUGUACCAGAACAGCUGGUGAGUGACAAUGGUCCUCAGUUUAUAUCUGAGGAGUUCCAGAUCUUCCUAAGGAACAAUGGUAUCAAGCAUGUGACCUCAGCGCCCUACCACCCAGCUACUAAUGGCUUAGCUGAGAGAUUUGUGCAAAGCUUGAAGAAUUCACUGCGAGCCAUGACACAUGAGAAGCUCACACUAAGCCAGAAGCUUCACAAUUUCUUGUUUGCAUAUCGAAAUGCAACUCAUGUCACCACAAAUCGAACACCUGCCAUGUUGUUCCUUGGUAGACCCUUACGUUCAAGGCUAGACUUGCUGAAACCCAAUUUGAGGAGAACCGUACAUGACAGACAGAUAAAACAAUCACGAGGGGGAGGAGAAAGAAGAGAGUUAGAAGUUGGUGAGAGUGUGCUAGCUAGGAACUACAGAGGAGAUCACAAAUGGACACCUGCAAAGGUCAAGGAACGAACAGGACCACUCUCAUAUACAGUUGAGAUUGCACCAGAUACCAUCUGGAGACGGCACAUUGAUCAGUUGAGAAGAUCAAAUGUUUCUCUGGAUAGUGGUUCUGUCAGUGUUCCAUUCAGCUCUACUGAUACUGUUACUAGUGAAAGUGAUGCAACAACACCUCAAGAUGGCACUGUAUCUUCCAGUGAAGCACCACAAACACCAAUUCCGACCUGUGAAGAGAAACGUUACCCUACCCGUAUACGGAAGCCACCAACCCGUCUUGAUUUAUAGAAGAGACACAGUGGAAAUAAAAAAAAAAAGGGAAAAAACUUUGAAUGGGACAUUAUAGUCAUAAGUAGCAUAAGUUUAUUUCUUUUGUAUGUGGAAUGUUCUGUUACAGGUGAAAAUGUUUUUUUUUUAGAUUUUCUUAUCUAAGGGGGGAGGAAGUGUAGUAUAUUGAGUUAAAUACAUAAACCCAGGAAUAAGCACUGUUGGCCACUCGGGGUUAGACAUUUGGUUGGCCAGUGAAUUGUCCAAAGAGACACCUGUGUUAACAGAGUUCGUGAUUCAGUGAUUGCACAGUAAAAUCUAAAAGAAGAACUGCCCAUCGUUGUCCUGACUUUUAUUUGUGUUAUUCGAACAAACACAACACACACCUCUGUAGUUUAGCCCAGUUAACACCCCAGUACUGUGGUAAGAUCUAAUCAACAGACCAAAGUAGAAGAGUUUUAGUCAGCCCCAUUUGACAUGCAUGAAACAGUCUGCAGUGACUUUGGCCUAUUUAACACCUACUCAACUCUAGGGGCAGAAAUGUCAAAUAUAAUGCCAGUUUUUUUCCUCUGACCUUUGCCUACUUUACAGGUUUUAUUUUUUUUUUCUUAUCACUUGCUUUAAGUUGGCAAAAAAAUUAAAUUCACUGCUGAACAAUAACCGCUAGUUUGUAUUUUUUUCCCCCUAUAUUUUCCCUAUGACAAUUUUAUGAUUAGUUUAUGUACUACAAACACAUGUGCAUUGAGUCAUCAUGGAUUUUAUACAACGUGAUUUUUUUUUUUUUUUUUUUAAAUCACAGAAUAAGGCAGAAAAUAUACUAUUUUAUAGUUUCUAUACUGUAAUAAAGGCUAUGUCAAUUAGUUGUCCUGGUUGUCCUUCUUCCUCAAUAAAUAAGCUACAAUUACUACAAAAUGCAGCUGCUAGAGUUCUUACCAGGUCAAGAAAAUAUGAUCAUAUA